CUGAGACAGACAGACAGACAGACAGACGACUGACUGAGAUUCAUCUGAGAUAACCAACCAGCCAGCCAUACGUGUGAUGCAGAAGAGUAUGUUUAUGUGGAGAUCUGCUGUCCUCCUGCUGUGUUUGACCGCGCUCCUUCAAGAUUGCUCAGCGCAGUUAGAUGUGUGUGGACAAGCCUCCCUGAACACGCGGAUCGUGGGCGGGCAGGAGGCCGCAGUGGGGGCGUGGCCAUGGCAGGUUAGCCUAACACGAAACGGCAACCACUUCUGUGGGGGGGCACUCAUCAACAACGAAUGGGUGCUGACCGCUGCCCACUGCCUGAACAGCAACUCAGCGCUGGAUGGCCUGAGUGUGCGCGUGUCCGUGAGGAGUCUGGGCAACGCCGACGAGGGGACCACGUACCAAGUGGACCAGAUUGAACUCCACCCCUCCUAUAACCACACCUCCUACAGCCAUGACAUCGCUCUGGUGCGCCUUGCUACAUCCUCCUCUUCAUCCGCCUCCUCCUCGUCCAUCCUCCGCCCGAUCUCCUCCUUCUCCAACGUGCUCCGCCCGGCCUGCCUGGCCGCUGAGGGAUCCACCUUCAACACCGGGACGUCCGCCUGGAUCGCAGGAUGGGGCAGCACGCAGCAUGGAGAGUCCCUGUCGUCUCCUCAGACGCUGCGUGAGGUGGAGAUUCCCCUGGUGGACCAGAGUCAGUGUGUGGCGGCGUACAGAGGAUACGGCAUCAGCGUCACCGACAACAUGCUGUGUGCAGGACUACUGGGAACCGGGGGCAAGGACACAUGCCAGGGCGACUCUGGCGGCGCGCUGGUCAGCAAGCAGGGCAGCGUGUGGCUGACCAUGGGCGUGGCCAGCUUCGGCGUGGGCUGCGGCGAGGCGCAGUACCCCGGCGUGUACACUAGGGUGGCGCCGUACGAGUCCUGGAUCCGCUCGCUCACGCAGAGCAGCCUGCCGGGCUUCAUCAAGGUCACCCAGGUCACCACGCAGACCGUCACAGACGCGGCCAUCACCACCUCCUCUUGCUCCAGCCUCCUGCUCCUCCUCGCCUCCCCUCUGCUCCUGUCCAUCAUUCACUGAGGAGCACAUACUCCCCCCUUAUAGGCUGACUAGCUGCUCCACCCCUCCCUCCUGUCCUGCUCCUCCUCUCCACACCACUAGCUACCCCACCCCUCCACUCCUCCCUAUCCAUGUCUACCUCCUGCUCAGUGUUGCCAGAUUGGGCGAUUACCCGCCCAAUUGGGCUACUUGGGAUGGCCGGCGUCUGCGGGUAAAAAUGGGAAAAAUUGGCCAUUUGGCGUUUUUUUCUGUCGUUUUAAGCCCAUAGAAAUCAAUGUAAUUUGUUGAAAUUGGGUGGAAUGUUGCCGUUUUUUGAUAACCUUUUGGCGGGAUUUGAUCAGACACAUCUGGCAACACUGCUCCUGCUCCUCUUCUCCACUCCAGUGCUCUAUAUCAUUCACCGAGAAUAACACAUGCACACCUCUUCUCCUCUAUCCCUCCCUCUAUCAAAUACUAGCAUCCACCCCUCCUCUCCACCCUGCUACUCCUCUGCUACGGCUACGUUUAAAUUACGUUUUUAAUUCAGAAUUAAUCAUUCAGAAUUAAAUAUGGUAGUUCCGUCGAGUUUACUUUGAUCUUUCAUUUAAUUCGGAACUGUAAAGCGUUUACAUGACGUUUUCAAAGCGGAAUUAAGCUUUAUUCAGAAUUAAAGUGAGUUAAUUCAGAAUUAAAUGUCUCAUGUAAAAAUAGCAACUGAGGAGCACAUCCUCUCUUCACACCUCCCCAUUAGCCUACCCCUCUAUCCUUCGCUCCUCUGCUGUCACCACUUCUCCCAUCUCUUGUCUUCUCUGUGUCCAUCAUACCGUACACCACCCACCCACCCUUCCACUCAUCCUCUACUCCCCACAGAUGAAGGCUAAAUGCAGAACGCCAUGUGCAAAUGAAGGAAGCGACAUGUGUGAGGUGAAGGGGAAUUUAAUGUAUGAUUGUAGUAUUGUAGUAUACAGUGUUGAAUUGUGGGAUUUGUAGUGUGAAGGGUGGUUACAGGCCAGUGGUUGUCUUGUUUACAAACUCUGAAGUCUUGUUUACUGUCAAUUUAUUGUUUAUUUAAAUAUUUAUGAAAUCUAUUUUUGCUAUAUAUUAUAUCAGCACUUUUCUGGUUGUGAGUGUGUAUCACAAUGACAUAAUGUCAGGACCUGAUGAAUGUAACUGUGUGGCAAUAAACAACAUAAUUUGA